UCAGCGACUUGUACUCACAGCAUCAAAUAAAGUUGCGAAGGACUUAUUGGUGUAGUGUUCCGUGUACUUUAUUCAAGGCGGUCUACCGAGAGCAACAAAUGUUUUUUUGAAUUCCUGCCACCCGUCCAUCAUUGCGGCAAGUUGACCUCGAAGAUUCACUUCCAUCUAAACGAUAGUUGUCUGCUUGCGGAGGCUUACUGGGACUUACCGGAAACCAAACUUUAGAAAAAAUUGUUUCGUAGCACUGAGUCAAAAGAGGAAAAAGGAGACAAGAAACACCAGGGUUGAAACUUUUGCAGUUCCUAUUUUGCCCAUCCUCGCGUCAUGGUGGAUAUAAGAAAGUGGACGGCUGAGAGAAGAAAACUAUUUUUAUGUUGUAAAAGAUAAAUUCGUCAUCGCGUGUUUUCGUACAGACAUAACGGAUCUUAGUUUUUUCUUAUCAUGGAAGAUGGUGUGAAAGGGGACACAGCCAAGCCCAAAGAGGCCAAGUGCACAGGCAAAGCAGGCUGGGUAAAAAAAUCCUCUGGGAAGUUUCUGGGAACCUAUAAGGACCGUUUCAUCCAGCUGGAGAAGACUGAGAUAGUGGUCUAUGAGAAUGAGGAUUUACAGAACUGCUUAGAACGAGUGGACCUGGAGAACUAUGAGAAGUGCCACGAAUUACGGAGCGCGUUCAAGAAGAAGAACAGGCUGGUUCUUAUACGAUCACCCAAGUGUGGGAAUAAGGUUCAUGACAUCAAGAUUCAGGCUCAAAAUCCCGAAGAGAAGGAGGCUUGGAUUAAAGCUAUCAGUGAUGGUAUCAGCAGAGCCAAAAACAAAAUCUUUGAUGAGGUGAAGGUAGAUGCAAGUUGUUCUUUGGAGCAUGUGACACGCUCAAGACCUAAGGGGAACCAAGGACGCAGACCGCCGACAAGGAUACAUAUGAAGGAGAUUGCUAAUGUGUCAUCAGAUGGGAUUUUGAGGCUGGAUCUUGAUGCUGUUGACCAAACACCCAAUGGUACCCAUCAGGUCAAUGCUGAAGAGGAUGCCCCUAAAGAAGUUAUCAAGCCCCCAAUGCCACCAUCAAAACUUAAUGAGAGCCUACAGGAAACACCUGAGGAGGAGCUCACCCCUGCAAAAAAGGUUCUGAAGCCCCCCAUGCCCCCUUCAAAGGGUAACAAACCUAAUGUCCCAGCUGAGGGGGACAAACCCAAGGAGGCCUCUCAAGAGACAGAACCCACAACCCCUCCAACGCCUCCCAACAAACCUAAGGACUCUUCAGAAGAGUCUGACGGCACCCAUGUCACUCCAUCACCUUCAGAAUCUCCACCUCCACCUUGCAAAGAUCCCAUCAAGCCUCCAGCACCUCCGUCUAAAGACAAGAAGCCCACUCAGUCAACAGAAGAAGGGACUCCAAAGUCUCCUGUCAACACUGAAGGCAGCGAGGAAGAUAAACUUGAGAAAACACCACCUGACACCCAGCCAAGAAACACCUCAGAGGAAACAGUGAGCGAGGGUGAUUCCAUUCCCUCUGCUCCUGAGGCAGAAGCAAAGACAGGCUCCGCUAUGCCUGAGGAAUCUGUUGAAAUUGUCACUGAUCAGGAGGUGUCUGGCCCAGCAGAAACUGAUCCUAAAGUGCAAGAUACUGGUUCCAACAGCAAUGAGGUGGUGGCUGAAGAUCACCCAGCAGCUGCCAAGGAACCAUGUGCAGAGACUCUGAAGUCUUCUGUGCAUUGGAUGAAUUCUAUGGAACCAUCUCCGGAACUAAGCAAAAAGAGCCCUGGCCCACCCACGCCUCUGAAGAAGAAGCCACUGAAGCCGGCGGCUGUUGGUGAUGCGGCGUGCAAUUUUAAGGAGGGGUCAGUCGAUGUUGCUGCCUCUCUGGAAACGAAGAGUGCAAAUGGAAAUCCUGAAAGAGUUCCUGAUAUAACAGACCUUGCUCCAGGUGGUCAAGAUCUGUCCAAACCUGAAGAAGACGAAGCACCGCCUCCUAAACCCGAGAAUGAGGGUGUAGCAGAGGUUCUGUCUUCUGGUGGGACAGAGAAUCUGGUGUCACCUGAGAGAAUGAAACAGGAAGAGCAGAAGUCCAGUGAUGGUGGCCAACAUGCUCAUGAGGAAACCAAGGAUGAUGAGACCACGAAAGUCUCUGCUCUGAACAGCAGCCAGGUGCGGUUAAACAAGGAUGAUGGCACCGCCGAAAAGCAAACCACAGAUGGCGAGGCAACACAAAAAGAGAAACCUGUGCAGGGUGCAACCAGGCAAGCGAAGCUUCUGAAGCAGGCAGGGAAUAAACGAAGCGUGCAGCCUGCCACCCCUCCCCUGCCCCUCAAGCUGUCUUCGAAGGGGAAAUCCGCCUCUCUGGGAGACCUGCUGUCGGAGCCGACGCCGCCGAGGAGCCCGCAGCCCAUUGAGGAACUCCCCAGAUCGCCACCAGGCGAUGACGCCAGCGAGCUACAGAGCAAAGUGGCCCUGGAGCUGGACAACACCGUGGAGCUCCUCGACACAGUGUCCUCCGGACUGAAGGCGCAGGAAGGGGGAGAGCAGGGGAAUCUGUCACCUGAGGAGCUGCUGAUGAAGGCCGUGGAAAAGCUCAAGAAGGCCGACCAGUUCUUGCGAGAGGCCAGAAGUCUCAAAGAGGCCGGAAACACAGAGAAGAAGAGCAAGAGAGUGAGCUGGUGAACGCAGAUGCAAAUGAAAUGAGGCAGGGGAAUUAACGGGCCACUAAUGAGUUACAUAACAGGAGCUUGUUUUUCCAAUG